GGAGGUGAUGUCUGCCCCCAAUCUCCUGCGAGUAGGAACUGAAGAAAACAUCUUUGUUGAAAUUCAAGAUAAUGCUGGUGAAGAAAAUGUUAAUGUCAAUAUCAUUGUGAGGAACUUUCCAAGAAAAGACAUUAUGCUGGCAUCAACAACUGUGACCCUUACUAAGGAAAACAAAUUCCAGGGUAUUGGAAAAAUUAUGAUCCCUGCUGAGCACUUCAGCAAUGAUCCCAAUAUAAAACAGUAUGUUCACCUACAAGGAGAGUUUGAUACCCAAACACUGGAGAAGAUUGUGUUAAUCUCCCUUCAAUAUGGGUACAUCUUCAUCCAGACUGACAAGACUAUCUAUACUCCCAGUACCACAGUCUUUUACAGGAUUUUUGCAAUGAGGCCAAAUAUGGAGCCCGUAGACAAGAACUAUCAACCGGGAACUGAUACUUCUGUUGUUGUUGAUAUUGUGAACCCUGAUGGAAUUAUUUUAGAUUCAAAUCUUGUCCUUGUAGUGUCAGGAAUCUACUAUGGAAGUUAUUUCCUCCCUGAAAUUGUAAGUACAGGAACGUGGAAGGUGGUGUCAAAAUUUAACACCAACUUAAAGCAAACCUUUGAGGCAGAAUUUGAAGUGAAAGAAUAUGUGCUUCCCAGUUUUGAGGUUAAACUGACAUCCCAGGUCCCCUUUUUCUAUGUGGACAGUGAUGAGCUCACCAUCAACAUCAAAGCGACAUAUCUAUUUGGUAAAAAAGUGGAUGGCACAGCCUUUGUGGUGUUUGGAGUUCUAGUUGGUAAUACAAAAAACGGCAUUCCAAGUUCUCUUCAAAGAGUGCAGGUGAGUAAACAUUUAUUCUUUUAAUAAUAAAUAAUAACA